CAUGCCUCUCUUCCAACUGAGCACUAACCUUUCUAAAUCUGACUUCCCCGCACAUUUCCAUGAAGACUUGACCACGAUGCUUGGCGAGCUGCUGAAGAAGAAUCCCAGGCAUAUUUCGGUAUGCAUCAGCACCGAUCAGUUCCUGACGUGCGGAGGCACCACCGAGGCCUGUGCGUUCGGCAACUUGGCGUCCAUUGGAAAUUUUGCUGGAAAGAAUAACGACGUUUACGUCGAAGUUCCCUCCGAAUUCAUCCAUGAAAAGCUGGGAAUAGAGGACGCGCGGUUCACCUUGUUUCUCAGCGAUUAUCCAGCAAACGAAGUGGGUUUCCACGGCAUGACGAUUGAUAGUUUUAGGAAGAGAUCGCUGACACCACCCGCUGCCUAAACAGGCGCGUGAGCUUCUGCUGAGUUUUCUGGCUCAUGGAUUAUUCGCAGCGACAGCUGUUCUGGCUAUCCGGCUAAUCCAAUACAGCAAAACUUCACUUGCUUUCUAUACCUCUCCCGGGUUCUGGAAGCAGUUAUUUUCUUUGUUGCUUCCUGCG